CUAUGAAGUCUCUGUUUUUAGACUUGAAUUUAUUCAACUCGACAAAACUUACGAUAGCUAAGUCAAUAACAAGAACUCUUAAACAAUCCACUAAAAUGCCUGACACUACUUACCCCACUGCUCAGACCGGCAAGAUUGAUGCCGACUCUCAGGCUCAGCCUGCUAGCGAGGCAGCUCAGCCACAGGGAGCGAAGCAGUUCGCUUUCGCAGCCCACCAGGCGCACCCAGGCCCUGCUAUUCCCCAGAACAUGCCAGAGCAAGAAGGGACCAAAGAAGAGCGUAAGGCAAAGGCUCAGGAGCUGAACAAAUAAAUCUGUUCGUAAAGACAACCUUGGAAACAUGGAAGUACACCCGGUUUUGGGUGGUCAUGGCUCAGAAUGAUUCUAUGGCAUAGGACGGGAAAAUCCUGAAACGAAAACCGAGGUGUCAAGCUCGCACCUCAUGUAAUACGACUGUAAUAGCACAGACAUGAUUAUGAAUGAGAAUAUUGUAACCUGUCUUGAAUAUGUUUACUGUACACAGGCCGCCGUUGACAUAUAGUGAAUCCAUGGACGUUUGAGAAUGAAUCAAUAUAUUGCUGUUUAGGCAGCCUUAUUUGACUAGCCGUAGCUGUAACUUGGGUGACCGGCGGCAAAGCGGGAUGACGUACUUUUGUGAUAUGCAGUGGCGUACCUAAUUGUCCAUUGCAGAUAGACAUAGGUACCGUAAGGAUUUCCCGGAAGCGUUCGGCAACUCAUUGUUUAAUAUAGACGUUCGUAGAUAUGUUGCAUGGGUAGUAGCAUUCGGAAUAUUCAUACAAGCCUAUCGCCAACUCACCGAGUCUUGGAUUGAGUUGACCGCUUUCUCUGUCCACAAUCCUCAAUAAAAUUGGGAUUAGCAAC